AUGACAUGUUUCUAUCUGCUAGAAUUUCCACGACUGACAACAGGAGCCAAUGUGAGCCAAGUUACAGAACUCACUCUCGAAGGUGGAAACAUAAUCAGCAUAUCCAACAACAGUCUACCUCCUGGUCUUAUCUCACUGGAUCUAUUUCGCCACCCAUUCACUAAUAUUUCUGACGAUGCCUUCGACUCAUCAUUGGCAACUCUACGAAGUCUAUCCAUUGUAGGAGCAAAGUUUACUAGUUUACCAGCAGCACUAAAGAAACUGACCAGCCUAACUCGUCUAGUCAUUGAUGAUACUAGGAUACAGUUUUGGGAUACUGUUCUACUGAAUCACCUUGCAGACACAGUGGAACAUCUUCAGUUGAGUAAUAUGGGUCUAUCUAAAUGGCCAAGCUGGAUUUCUGACUUUCGUUUGUUACAUACUUUAGACCUAAGCUCAAACCCUCUAAAGUCUAUCCCAAAAGAUGCCCUUAAUUUUAUCAAAGACUUAUUAACUUUUCUCAGCCUGAAAGGUACAGGUUUGACCUACAUACCACAAGCUUUGAUGGUACUUUCAAAUCUGACUACUCUGGACUUGAGCAGCAACAAUAUUACGGACGUGUCUGAAGUUGAAAACCUGGUCAAAUCAGCAUUUUCUCAAACGCUGUCAGUUUUACAUUUAGACUCAACUGGACUGACCAGAAUGCCAAACCUUUCAAAUUUGACAAGACUACAUUCAUUAACCUUCACUCAUAACAAAAUAUCGGACGUACCUGCUGGCUCACUUCCUUUAUCUCUAACGUCGCUGUACCUUUCCUUUAAUGGUAUUAAAUCUGUACCGAAAGAUAUUUCUAGCAUGACUGGUCUUUCAUACUUAGACUUGUCUGGCAAUCUAUUGACAUAUAUCGAACCAAACUCCUUUCCGUCCAGUCUGACGGACUUGCACCUUAGCUUCACUAAUUUAACCACCAUUACAAACACAACUUUCAGUAAUCUCAAUCUUCUACGCAUUUUAGAUUUGAGUUACAACUACUUUUCAACAUUUCCACAUGCAGCAUUCACAGAUCUGGUAUCGUUGAUAUACCUUUACUUGAGUGACUGCAACCUGACAGAAUUCCCACUAGCUUUCACAGCGUUGAACCCACAGACAGACAUAUUCUGGACCAUGGUUCAUGAUCCGGCUUGUCCUUGUCCAGCGGCUCAAGAACUAAUCCAGUGGUCAGCCUCACUGAAACACCCUUCGUACAUGGAAGGACGCUGCAGUAAUGGACAGUCAAUUGCCUCAUACUUGAGUGGUCAGUGUGGACAGCAGCCGGUUGCUCCCUAA